UCAAGGUGAACCCGCCAAACAAAACUAUCUAAAAAUAAUGUGGCGCAUGCCAUUCGAGUGGUCGCUAUAAACAACCUCCGCAACAUUUUAUCAGUAGAACCAUCAACCGGUACACUUUAAUGAACCUGGUAAACUGGUAACAACUGCAUUUGUCGCACAAUAAAACAAACAGUGUAAAAUGUCCAAACCCGAGGUAACAAUAGACCAAGGAACCCUCCAAGGUUCCACCUCAACAGACCGCCAUGGCGGCUCGUUCCUCAAGUUCCAAGGGAUACCAUACGCGAAGCCGCCCCUAGGGGAACUCAGAUUCAAGGCCCCAGUCCCUCCUGAAAAAUGGACAGGAGUUUUAGAUGCCACCAAACAAGGAGACGUUUGCUACGCCGAAGACCCCCUCAAAAAGGAAGUUUCCGGGAGCGAAAACUGCCUAGUUUUGAACGUCUACACGAAAAAACUCCCCCAAGACGGAAAAGAACUAAGUCCGGUCCUGUUUUGGAUCCACGGAGGAGGAUUUGUGUUCGGGUCUGGCAAUGAAGACUUGUACGGUCCUGAGUUUCUUAUCACUGAAGACGUGGUUCUAGUCACGAUCAACUAUCGACUUGGACUACUUGGUUUUGUAAGUUUUGACGACCCCUCUUUGGACAUACCUGGGAACGCCGGCUUGAAAGACCAAGUAAUGGCCUUGAAAUGGGUCCAGAAGAACAUUGAUAAGUUUGGUGGGGAUCCAAAUAAUGUCACAAUCUUUGGUGAAAGCGCAGGUGGUGCCUCAGUCCAUCUGUUGAUGUUGUCUCCCAUGGGAAAGGGUUUGUUUCACAAGGGUAUAGCCCAUAGUGGGUGCGUGCUUAACCCAUGGGUCGACGGCACCAAAGGUACCGCUCUUCUGGCCAAAGCCAUGGACCUCGUUGGGUCCGACGAAACAACCAUUUACAACACUCUAAUGCAAAAGUCGGUAGACGAAAUUUACGAAAUCCAGAAAGCAAUAGGCGAUGAGGGUAUCCCGAGUAUUCGCAGACCCUUUGGUUUGGUCGUUGAAACAAACUCGAAGGAGCCUUUUCUGGACAAAGAACCCAUGGAAGUGAUGCGGUCGGGUAAUUUCCACCCAGUACCACUGAUAAUUGGGUACACGUCAAGCGAAGGGAUGAUUUUUGAGUUCCAUAGGGACCCGAACCAAGACAUGUUGCCCAUAGAAGACGUGAUACCUUGGUUCUACCAUUGUGAAGUUGGAACCCCCAAAACGCGCACUCUUGUAGACAAAAUUAAGAACUUCUACUUUGAGGGGGAAGACUAUUCGGACAAGUUUCUCAGCAAAAAGUAUGAUUUGUUUUCAGAUAGUCAGUUUGUGCAUGGGAUUUACGUCACGGUGAGGAGUCAUUUGGCGGUAUUGAGUACCCCGAUUUACUUGUAUCAGAUGUCGGUGGAGACCAGUCUCAAUUUUUUGAAGAAGUACCUGAAGAUUGAAGCUCCUGGGGCGUGCCACUGCGACGACGUCGGAUACUUGUUUAAGACUUUCGCCACUCCUGAGAUACAACCAGGUACUACCGAAGAUGUGUCAAUUCGCAGAUUUGUCAAACUAUGGACCAAUUUUGCAAAAUUUGGAAAUCCGACUCCCGAAAAAAACGACGGUUUGUUGAAAGUGGAGUGGAAACCGGUAACGGGAGACAAUUUUGACUUUCUCGACAUAGGUCAAGAGUUGUCUUUUAACUCCAGCUGCAUCCCCGAAAGGGUACUUUUCUGGGAGAAAAUUUACUCUGAAAGUCCAGCCGGACAAGCGUCCAAAUAAAACACAACUUUCUUUGUUUGUGUAUAUUUACAGUUACUUAUUUUACACGCUAACCUACGAAAUAUACAAAUGUAUACCAUAUAAAAAUAUUCGUCCUACUCUACAUGCAUAAUUUAUAAAUAUAUAAAAUAGAGUUAAAUAAU